AUGGCGCAGAAAGGAGUUCAGCUGGACCAAGAAACCUUUUCUUGUUCGAUCUGUCUGGAUCUACUGAAGGAUCCGGUGACUAUUCCCUGUGGACACAGCUACUGCAUGAACUGUAUUAAACGCCACUGGGCUAAAGAGGACAAGAAGAAAAUCUACAGCUGUCCCCAGUGCAGGCAGAUCUUUCGACAGAGACCUGUACUGGUGAAAAACACCAUGUUAGCAGAUUUAGUGGAGGAGCUGAAGAAGACUGGACUCCAAGCUGCUCCUGCUGAUCACUGCUAUGCUGGAGCUGAAGAUGUGGCCUGUGAUGUCUGCACUGGGAGAAAACUGAAAGCCCUCAAGUCCUGUCUGGUGUGUCUGGUCUCUUACUGUGAGAAACACCUCCAGCCUCAUUAUGAUGUGGCUCCAUUAAAGAAACACAAGCUGGUGGAGCCCUCCAAGAAGCUCCAGGAGAACCUCUGCUCUCAUCAUGAUGAGGUGAUGAAGAUAUUCUGCCGUACUGAUCAGCACUGUAUCUGUUAUCUCUGCUCUGUGGAUGAACAUAAAGGCCACGACACAGUCUCAGCUGCAGCAGAAAGGACUGAGAGGCAGAAAGAGCUCGAAGGGAGUCGACAAAACAUCCAGCAGAGAAUCCAGGACAGAGAGAAAGAUGUGAAGCUGCUUCAACAGGAGGUGGAGGCCAUCAAUCGCUCUGCUAAUAAAGUAGUGAAGGACAGUAAGAAGAUCAUCACUGAGCUGAUCCGUCUCAUGGAGAAAAGACGCUCUAAUGUGGAGCAGAAGGUCAGAUUCCAGCAGAAAAGUGAAGUGAGUCGAGUCAAAGUGCUUCAGGAGAAGCUGGAGCAGGAGAUCACUGAGCUGAAGAGGAAAGACGCUGAGAUGAAGAAGAUCUCAGACACAGAGGAUCACACCCAGUUUCUGAAAAACUACUCCUCACUGUCACCACUCAGUGAAUCUACAUCCAGCAUCAAUCUCCGUCCUCUGAGCUACUUUCAGGAUGUGACAGAAGCUGUGUCAGAAGUGAGAGACAAACUGCAGGACGUCCUGAGAGACACAUGGACAAACAUCUCCCAGGCUGUGACUCAAGUGGAUGUUUUACUGCCACAACCAGAGCCCAAGACCAGAGCUGAAUUGUUAAAAUAUUCACGGGAAAUCACACUGGAUCCCAACACAGCUCACAGACUGCUGUUAUUAUCUGAAGGGAACAGAAGAGCAACAGUAAUGGAAGAAGAACAGUCGUAUUCUCGUCACCGAGACAGAUUCUCGGACUGGGUUCAGGUCCUGAGUAAAGAGAGUCUGACUGGACGUUGUUACUGGGAGGUGGAGUGGAGAAAGAAUACAGCGACUGUAGCAGUCGCAUACAAGUACAUCAGCAGACGAGGUGACCCGGAUAAAUGUGCAUUUGGACUCAAUGACAAAUCAUGGGCGUUAGAUUGCAACAUAAAGGGUUCUUCUUUUGUGUGCAACAAAGUCUGGACUACCGUCUCAGUUCCUCCGACCCCCAGAGUAGGAGUGUACCUGGAUCACAGUGCAGGUCUUCUGUCCUUCUACAGAGUCUCUGACACCAUGACUCUCCUCCACAGAGUCCAGACCACGUUCACUCAGCCUCUCUACGCUGGAGUUGGGUUUUUAGUUUAUGGAGACACAGCUGAGUUCUGUAAACUGAGUUAAACUCUGGGUUUUAACUCUAAUUUAUAACUCUACUAAUUUAUUUUGUCUCCAUGUUUGUUGCUGAGAGCUGAUUGUUGGGGCAUUUCUUCACUGCACAGGCAUCACCUGUCAAUCAAACAUUAUGGGAUGUCCUUUGACAUCUUCUCAUUAGCUGUUGUUGUAAAUGUUUGAGCUCCUUCCUGUGUCUGUUUAGCCACGGAGGCUACCACUGCUCAUGAUGAUGUCUGUUGACCUGAACUGACUUCUGAACUACUCUGUGCUCUAAAUGUCUGAUGAA